AUGGAGGUCGAGGAGCUGAUGUGCGUGACGUCUUUGCCGCUGGCUCCGGCUCCAGCUGCCGGUGGCGGUGCAACCGUCGUUCCGGAAGCUGACGACGGGCGAGGGGUGAACCCGCCGGCGGCGACGGCGUCGACGGCGCACAUUUCAAAGACUGAGCUCGAUCCGUCGCCGUUUGAUGCACCGUAUGUGCACUACGUCUCGCCGCGGCCGGCAGAUUUGGAUCUCAAGGUCGAGUAUGAUCUCGAUGGGAGCGACAUGGCGUUUGUCGAGGCGCUCAAUGCGUUGCGGACGGCGUCUGGGCUCCCGCCGGUCUCGCCCGACACUGUCGAGGCUGCCAUGGACAAGCUGGAGAAGGAGGCGUUUUACACGCUUGAGUCGGUUACGGCGGCGUCGCUCGGCACCGACGAUGCCGACGAGGAGGCCGGCGGCGUGUGCGAUGUGUGCAUGGACGGCGAGUGCGAGGAUACCAACGAGAUUGUGUUUUGCGACGGGUGCAACACGCCGGUCCAUCAGGCCUGCUACGGCAUUCUCAACAUUCCUGAAGGCAAGUAUCUCUGCGCCACCUGCUCCGAGGGCGCGCCGCUCGACUCGGUCCCGUGCGUCCUCUGCCCCAACACCGGCGGGGCGUACAAGCCGACAGCACAGGGCGAGUGGGCACAUGUGGCAUGCGCCAUGUGGAUUCCCGAGACCUCGUUUGCGGACACGCUCGCCAUGGAGCCGAUUGUCGGCCUCGACGACGUGCCCGAGGCGCGGUACAAGCUGCGGUGCUACCUGUGCAAGACCCGUCGCGCCGGGGCGUGCAUCCAGUGCCGCACACCGUCGUGCGCCAUCGCCUUUCACGUCACCUGUGCCCAGAAGCACGGCCUGUUCAUGCGGGUCCAGGAAGACCGCUGGCACCGUAUUGUGUAUGCGGUAUACUGCGAGAAGCACACGCCGUCGGACGCGACGGUGAACAAGUACCGCCUCGCGGCGUCGCGCAAGCCGACCAAGCUCAAGGUGGCCAAGAGCUUCAAGGAGACGCUGGAGGCGUCGAUCACACUACCGCGGGCGGCGGCGCGGCUGCCCAACCUGCCGGCUGGCCUUGUCCGCGACGUGCUCGGCCACUGGAAGGCCAAGCGCGCCGACCGCACGCUCCCGUUCAUCCGCCGGUUCCAAAGCACCAUGUGGAAGCCGCACCCGAUUGUCGCCGAGCACGUCGACUCGCUUCUGUAUCUGCGGCACGAUCUCGAGCGGGCCCGGCUGCUCGCGCACCUGGUAUCGAAGCGGGAAAAGGUGAAGCGCAACCUCGUGCGGACGCUGCGGACCAUGGUCCGCGUCUCGCACGUCCCCACAGCCAUUAUCCAGGAGCGGCUGGUGAGCCGGCUGCGGGCGCUCGACCCGGACGGGUUUUUUGAGGCGAGCCCGGGCAUCGAGCUUGCCGCCGCCGCGCCGUCGGCACUCGUUGUCCAGCCAAUGACCUGGGGCCUGCUCUCGGAGAAAGUGGAGGCGCUGGCGUACCCGACGUUGCAGGCCUUUGUCAACGACGUCACGCUUGUGACCUCGGCGGCAGUGUCGUACUGGCCGGCAGACUCGCGGCAGGCAGUGCGCGCUGUGGCGAUCCGCGGCGUGCUCUCUGACCUCGUCGCCGAAGAGGUCACGCUCUAUCGCGAGGAGAUUGCUGCGGACCUCACAGUCCGUGAGUCGGUUGUUCGCCCGCGGCAUCCGAUCCAGGCCGCGGCUCUGGUGGCACCACCGAGCGAGGCCCGCAACACCAAUCUCGAGGCGACCACCAACGCCCGCGGCGCUGGCUCGGACGACGGCGGCGACUCGUACACGUACACGUACUCGGGCUCGGGGGUGAGCCUAGAUGAGAUCUCGGCGACGAGCUCGGCAGGCUCGGACGGGUACUCGUCGUACCUCGCGGGCCUGGCGUCGACUGACGGCGACGGUGGCGCGAGCGACGAGGCCGACCCGCUGGUGGUCCGCAUCGGAGUGCGCGGGCGCGGGCCGUCAGAGGCAGUGCUCAAGGACGCGUCGACCGUCAAGCCGGCCAUGCCCCUCGCCCGGGUCCCGGAGCAUCCGGUUGCCAUGGCCCGCGACGACUUGCGCCGCGAGAUGGAGCGCAUCCAGUCGCGCCGAGCCGGCAUGGAUGCCGCCGAGAAGAAGCGACGCGCCGAGCGUCGUGCCAAGCGCGAGGCAGUCGAAGCGCGGCGGGCGGCCAAGGUUACGGUGCGGGCCAAGCGUGGGCCACCGCCCAAGCCUGGCGGCUCGCGGACUCGGGUCCGUGUCCGUCGCCGCAACCGAGCGCAGCGGCGGAAGGAUCGCGCCCGUGCGGCGAGACGGGCGGCAACGGUAGGAGCCGCUGAACAAGCUGUCGCCAGCGGCGUGGUCAAGGCUGAGACUGCGAGCGGGUCCGUGUCCGCGAGCGGCGGCAGCGGCGGCAGCGGCGCGAGUGGUGGCGCGGGAGCGACGACGGCGCGGUCUGGCCGUGCGGCGCGGCGCAAGACCGGGACAGCGACGUUGUCUCCGGACCGGCGGCGGAGCCGGUCCAAGGCGAUGCCGCGGUACGCGUCGGCGACGCCGUCGACGCCGCCGGGCGCUAAGCUGGUGCCCGAGACCGGCCCGGGAAUGGUGGAGGAGUUUGAAGAGAGCGGUGAGGUGCCGACGUCGUCGGGCCGGUCGAUGAAGCGAGUCCGGCGGCGUGAGCGAGUGACCACCCGCGAAAUGGUGCCUGAGGUGCCGGUGCCGCGCAAGCGUGGGCGGCCGCGCAAGUACCGGCAGGUCAAGCGGGUGGUCAAGCGCGAGCGGUACGUGGCGCGGCGGCGGUCUGACAAGGUCCGUGUCCGGCGAGAGGUCGACGAGGAUGCGGCUGGCGUGAGGAAGGCGGUGUCAGCGACGGCACCACCGCCUGCGCCUGCGCCCACACCUGCGCCUGCGCCGAUGCGGUACGUGGCGGUGACCAAGAGCCUCGUUCUCCGCUCGCUGCCCGAAGCGCUCAUUUUUGAUGCCGAUGGCUCGCUGCUGGCAGGCAAGCCUCUCGGGCACGGCACCAUUGUGCGCGGGGUGAUGGGAAAGCUCCGUCGCGAGCGGCGGAAACGGUUCAAAGCGCCGGCGCGGCUGGCGCGUCGCAAGCCGCGAGCGCUUGGUGGCGCGUCGCUCCCGCUUGGGGUGGUGAAGGCCGGCAAGGCCGAGGCGUCGCCGCGGGCGCGGACCCGCAAGCCGCGGGUCCGCAAGUCGGCCUCGCUCAUGCACCGAGCGUUCGCUGCGCGCGAGGAGAGCUACACGUCGGCGCCGCCCAAGAGCCUUGCGGCCGGGCGGUACCACACGUCGGCAGCGGUGCGGAUCACGUCGUACCUGCCGCCCAAGCUGGUCCGCGCCCGCGGUGACGGGAGCCCGGCGAGGCGGCUGCGGGCCCGCGGGCACACGUUUGGCAAGACUGCAGUGGGCAAGACACUACGGUCGGAGCGGAUGCUGGCGACGCGGCACUCUGAGCGGCACAUUGCGUCGCGGCGGCGUGUGUCGCGGGCGAUGCAGCGCGAGCGGGUGCGUGCUCGCGCAGCGCGAAUGGCGCGGACCCGGCCGGUGUCCGCGGCCGAGGCAGCUGCGGCGUCGGCUGUGGUGGAUGACGAGUCGGGCUCGGGCUCGGGCGUCGCGCCGAUGACUGUGGCAGACGAGACGGCUGGGCGCGGCGGAGCCGACGUUGAGGUUGUGGCAUCGGCGUCUUGCCAGCCGCCCGAGACAGUGGUCGUCAAGCGCGGCGACAAGUACUUUGUGCGAACAGCGGCGGCGACCGGGGCCGGCAGCGACGACGACGAUGGCUACGUGUACUCGGAGGAGGAAGACGACGACGAUGCCGGUAGUGGGGCGAGGUUUGGCCUUCCUGGACACGGCGAUGGCGACGGGUACUCGUACGCAUCGUCGUCGUCGGGCCUGCUCUCGGGCUCGAUCACCACCCUGUACUCGCAGUACGAUACGGUGACGUCUGUUGGCUCGUCAGACGUGAUGGUGGCGUCGGACGGCGAGGCGAGCGGGGCGGCCAGCGGUGAUGGUGGCGGCGGUGGCGACGACGAUGAUGACGACGAUGACGGCGGCGAGGUCGAGUACGACUCGUUCUACUCGUAUUACACCUCGGUCUUUGACGAGUUUUGCUCGUACUCGGACCGGUACUCGUACGAGCUAGCUGACCUGCUUCAGCAGGCACGCGACGAGAACGCGGCCAAGGGCCUGGUCUCGUCGCCGACGGUGCGGCCGCAGUCGCAUGCCGAGAGGAAGAGUGAGAUCGAGAGCAAGAGCAGGCGCAGGAGCAAGACGAGUUCUUCCGCCAAGACCAGUGCCAGCGCUGCGGCCAAGAGCACGUGCAAGGCCAAGAUGAUCAAGCAGGUGGAUGACGAGGCAGUCCAGCCUGAGGCGGCUGCUCCUACGAGCAAGAAGACGCCGGCCAAGGAGCUGUUCCCGAUCGAGUUUGGAGUGGCGGCUGCUGCCGGCGGAGAGAGCGGCAGCGGUGGGAACGAAGGCUCAGCGGAGAGCAAGGCCCGCGGCAAGAAGCGGAAGAAGGGCCGGCGGCGCAAAAAGGUGAAGGGCCCAGACCCCAACACACCGACCAAGCCGAUCACGGCGUACUUUUCGCGAGCAUCGCCUCGUCGGUCGCCGCGCGGUAACGUCGGCGGCUCGGGCUCGGGCCUCUCCGCGUCUGGUGGCAGCAGUGGUGAGUCCGAGUAUGAGGCCGCGAGCGAAUCGUCGGACGAGAGGCCGAAGAAGCGGCGGUCUGCGCGCAAGUGAAAGCACUGGGGCCG